GCCCGGGGCCAGCCCGCACAGCUGCUGCUCCUUCUGAUGAACCUGCUGCUAGCGUCCCCUGCCCAAGUUUCCACUGACUACCAGUACUUCGGCCAGCAGGGAGAAGGUGACACCUGGGAGUUGUUGAGGCUGCAGCAACAAAAGGUGGAGAACUCGAUCCUGGGCCCUUGGGGAAAGUGGCGCUGUUUCUGCGACUUUGGCAAACAGGAGCGCAACCGCGAGGUGCUGGGCACAGCGCCGAGCCCGGUGUUCAUGCGUCGCAAGAACCUGGUCCAGGUGAUGCCCUGCCGGCAAGAGGACUGUCCAUCGUGCAGGCCGAUAGACUGCAACUGGAGGUCCUGAGCCGGGCCUCGGCGGGUCAGGCCCCAGCGAUCCCUGGGCUGAGUCUGCAAAACGACCUCACCCACCCCAGUUUGCAAACCUCACCCUCCGCGGUUGCCCCCGGGAACUACAAUUCCCAAGAAACUGCACGGCAGGGGCGUUGGCUGCGUAAACGUCGACGCCGGCGGGAGCGCCGAGAGCGGGUCCUGCGCGCUGAUUGGUCAGGAUCCAACGUCGCUGCCCGGCCCGCGGAAAACGCGCGCCGGGGUCUGCGCCCUCAGCUUUCGUUCUUGCAGCUGGUGGCCGCGGCUGAGGCGGCAUGGACCUCAGCGAGCUGGAGAGGGACAAUACAGGCCGCUGUCGCCUGAGCUCCCCUGUGCCUGCGGUGUGCCGCAAGGAGCCCUGCGCCCUGGGUGUCGAUGAAGCGGGCCGGGGCCCCGUGCUGGGCCCCAUGGUCUAUGCCAUCUGUUACUGCCCCCUGUCCCGUCUGACAGAUCUGGAAGCUCUGAAAGUGGCAGACUCAAAGACCCUGUCGGAGAAAGAGCGGGACAGGCUCUUUGCGAAAAUGGAGGAGGACGGGGACUUUGUGGGCUGGGCUCUGGACGUGCUGUCUCCAAACCUCAUCUCUACCAGCAUGCUUGGGCGGGUAAAAUACAACCUGAACUCUCUGUCCCAUGAUACAGCUGCAGGGCUGAUACAGUAUGCAUUGGACCAGAAAGUGAAUGUCACCCAGGUAUUUGUGGACACUGUGGGGAUGCCAGAGGCUUACCAGGCACGGCUACAGCAGCGCUUUCCUGGGAUUGAAGUGACGGUCAAGGCCAAAGCAGAUGCCCUGUACCCCGUGGUCAGUGCUGCCAGCAUCUGUGCCAAGGUGACUCGAGACCAGGCUGUGAAGAACUGGAAGUUUCUAGAAAAACUGGAAGACUUGGAUCCUGAUUAUGGCUCUGGCUAUCCAAUGGAUCCCAAGACAAAGGCAUGGCUGAGGAAACAUGUGGAGCCAGUGUUCGGCUUCCCCCAGUUUGUCCGAUUCAGUUGGAGCACGGCCCAGACCAUUCUGGAGGAGGAAGCUGAAGAUGUUACAUGGGAGGACUCAGCCACUGAGGAACAGGAGGGACCUGGGAGGAUCACGUCCUACUUCUUCCAUGAGGGUGCCCGGGCCCGCCCACGUGUUCCCCACCGCUACUUCCAGGAGCGAGGCCUGGAGGCAGCCACCACCCUCUAGGAGCUUGGACUCUCAGCCUCCUGCCUUACCUGCCUCCCCUCAAACAGUGAUUAAAGGUGCUGACGCUAAGCAAGC